CGGGCAUAGAGAAAAUUCAAUAAGGGCAAGCUCUUGCCUUCUUCUCCCUAUUUAUUUUCUUUCUGCUUGCCCCUCCGAAGACUUUCAUUUCCUUUUUCUUCCUUUCUGUCUCAGUCACUAUACUAUUCAAAGCUUUUGUCUUUAUUUUUUUUCUGUUUUGAGGACAGAGGAAAUAGUCAACAAUUGAGGGAGGUCAAGUCUUGUACGAGCUGUGUGGUCUGUUCGUUCUUUUUCUUCUUGGGAAUUUGCGUCUUUUGGUGGAUCGGUUGAGGGCUUCUGGGGAAAGUUUUGUUUUCUUUUUACAUGUUUGGUUAUUGCUGAAGAAGGUGAGAAAUCUGGAGAGGGGUUGAAUUUUAUGGAUAAUCUAUGUUGCUUCAACUCUGUAUAUUCCCAGGUUGUUGGAAGGCGUUCUUCAUGUAGCUCUGGAAAGGGUAGAAGCCAUCAGGGUCCUGUCAAGUAUGGUUUCACCCUAGCAAAAGGAAAAGCAAAUCAUCCCAUGGAGGAUUAUCAUGUUGCCAAGUUUUCUCUGCUCCGGGGACAUGAACUUGGGCUUUUUGCUAUAUAUGAUGGCCAUUUGGGAGAUAGUGUACCAUCUUAUCUGCAAAAGCAUUUGUUUUCCAAUAUCUUGAAGGAUGAGGAGUUUUGGACUGAUCCCGGCAGGUCCAUCUCUAAAGCUUAUGAGAAGACAGACCAAGCAAUUCUCUCACAUGAUCCCGACUUGGGUCGCGGGGGUUCCACUGCUGUCACUGCAAUUUUGAUAGAUGGGAAGAAAUUAUGGGUUGCCAAUAUUGGAGAUUCACGUGCUGUUCUCUCAAAGAAAGGGCAGGCAAUACAGAUGAGUAUUGAUCAUGAGCCGAACACAGAGCGUGGAAGCAUCGAGAACAGAGGCGGCUUUGUCUCAAACAUGCCAGGGGAUGUUGCAAGAGUCAACGGACAACUUGCUGUUUCUCGCGCUUUUGGAGAUAAGAAUCUUAAAUCACACCUCCGAUCCGAUCCUGACAUGAAAACUGUUGAUAUUGAAUCGGAUACCGAACUUCUCAUCCUUGCAAGUGAUGGGCUAUGGAAGGUCAUGUCCAAUCAAGAAGCCGUCGAUAUCGCAAAAAAGACCAAGGAUCCGCUGCGAGCAGCUAAACAGCUAAUGGCCGAGGCAUUGAACCGAGACAGUAAAGAUGAUAUCUCCUGUAUAGUAGUCCGUUUCGAGGGUUAAACGCCAAACCGAAAAUGCAACAGGAGAACCCUUCCGGGAUCGCAUAAGAUAGGGAUCAAUGGGUAAACAGCAACUAGCACUCAUUAAAAAGUGCAUAAUGCUGAAAGAAGUUGUAGAUUCCAAUCCAUUUGGUAUAAAAGGAAGUAAAGACGCCAAUAAUUCCCGGUUGAUAUUUGUUCGCAUCGAUGUAUGGUAUGUUAUUUUUACUCGAAUUAUUAUAUUAAAACUUGUGUUUCAGCGAAGCCCCUAUAGCUCAGUGGUAGAGCGUCAGUCUUGUAAACUGAAGGUCUGUAGUUCGAUCCUGCAUGGGGGCAUUGUAUUUACUUAUUAUUUUAUUUGC